AUGUCUGAACGAACAGUCCAGGAGAUUAUACAUAUUCUUGCUGAAGUGAUACAAGCGGAUAUAUUAGCAGAAUACAGGCAGUCAGACCACAAGAGCAUCAUGUUGGAUGAGACAACAGAUGUAACUGUUGUUGAACAGCUUAUUAUGUAUGGUAGGUACCUGACACCUGACAAUAAGUUUCAUGCUGACAACAAUAUCAACAUCAAGAAGCUGCGAUCGGCAGGAACAGACGGCGCUGCCGUAAUGACAGGUAAGAGAAAUGGCUUUGUUAGGAGGCUCCAAGAUGUCAACCCUACCGUAACAGGAAUACACUGCUGUGCACACAGACUAGCCCUUGCUGCAGGGCAAGCUGGCAGACAGAUUCCCUAUGUGCAACGAUUCAAAGACACAUUAAGGCAAAUAUUUGAAUUCUAUGAAAACUCAGCAGUUCGACUAGCUGGCCUUCGUGCAGUUCAGGGGCUCCUGGAUGAUCCAAAGGUAAAACCAUGCAAGGCUGCAGAUGCGAGAUGGCUUAGCAUAGAUAGGUCAUGUAACAAGCUCAAUAUGUGUAUCAACAGUGUAAUAGUUUCACUGGAACAGGAGUUUGAGGAAAGAAAUGAUGCCAGGGCUGGAGAGAAUGAUUAA